CUGCUGAAGGACGCGAGGGCACAGGCCACAAGUGCCGAGCCUCUUCCCGGAGUGGACCCUUGAGCUGAGCCGCUGAGGCUGCCCCCCCAAGAUGGCAGAAGCCCACCAGGCCGUGGCCUUCCAGUUCACAGUGACCCCUGAUGGGGUAGACUUCCAGCUCAGCCGAGAGGCCCUGAAGCACGUCUACCUAUCUGGCAUCAACUCAUGGAAGAAACGCCUUAUCCGCAUCAAGAAUGGCAUCCUCAGGGGCGUGUAUCCUGGCAGCCCCACCAGUUGGCUGGUCGUUGUCAUGACAACAAUGGGCUCCUCCUACUGCAAUGUGGACCUUUCCAUGGGGAUGAUCUGCUGCAUCCGGAAAUAUAUCCCAGAGGGAUGCUGCCGUUACCUGACCCUGCAGACCCGAACGCUCAUCAGCGUGGGCAUCUUCUCCACCGGAGUCUGGGUGACUGGCAUCUUCCUCUUUCGCCAGACCCUGAAAUUGCUGCUCUCCUACCAUGGCUGGAUGUUUGAGUUGCACGGCCAGACCAGCCGGACCACCAAGAUCUGGGCUAUCUGCGUCCGGCUCCUGUCCAACCGCAGGCCAAUGCUCUACAGCUUCCAGACAUCUCUGCCCAAGUUACCAGUGCCCAAAGUGGCAGCCACCGUCCAUCGGUAUCUAGAAUCUGUGAGGCCCUUGUUAGAUGACGAGCAGUAUUACCGCAUGGAGAUGCUGGCUAAAGACUUCCAAGAGAAGACUGCGCCCCGGCUCCAGAAAUACCUGGUGCUCAAGUCCUGGUGGGCAACCAACUACGUGAGUGACUGGUGGGAAGAAUACAUCUACCUUCGAGGCAGGAGCCCCCUCGUGGUGAAUAGCAACUACUAUGUCAUGGAUUUUGUAUUUACCCGGCACACCAACAUUCAGGCAGCAAGACUGGGCAGCGUGGUUCAUGCCAUGAUCAUGUACCGACGAAAGCUGGACCGUGAGGAGAUCAAGCCUGUGAUGGCUCUCGGCAUUGUGCCCAUGUGCUCCUAUCAGAUGGAAAGGAUGUUCAACACUACUCGAAUCCCUGGCAAGGAUACAGAUGUACUACAGCACCUCCUAGACAGCAGGCACGUGGCUGUCUACCACAAGGGUCGCUUCUACAAGGUCUGGCUCUACCAGGGCUCCCAGCUGCUCAAGCCUCGGGACCUUGAGAUGCAAUUCCAGAGGAUCCUGGAUGACCCGUCUCCUCCACAGCCUGGCGAGGAGAAGCUAGCAGCCUUCACAGCUGGGGGCAGGGUGCAGUGGGCUGAGGCACGCCAGACCUACUUCAGCACAGGAAAGAAUAAGGUCUCCCUGGAGGCCAUCGAGAAGGCAGCCUUCUUCGUGACCUUGGAUGAGGAGAGCCAUGGCCUUGACCCUGAGAACGAGGCCAGCCUCAGCCUCUACGGGAAGUCUCUGCUACACGGCAACUGUUACAACAGGUGGUUUGACAAGUCCUUCAACCUCAUUGCUUUCAAGAACGCCAAGCUGGGCCUCAACACAGAGCAUUCAUGGGCAGAUGCUCCCAUUGUUGGGCACCUCUGGGAGUUUGUACUAGCCACAGAUGCCUUCCACCUGGACUACACCGACGCUGGUCAUUGCCAGGGGAAGCCUAACCAUUCCCUGGCCCCACCUCAGAGGCUGCUUUGGGAUAUCCCUGAAGAGUGCCAAGAGCUCAUCGAGAGCUCCUACCAGGUGGCCAAGACCCUGGCGGAUGACGUGGAGCUGUACUGCUUUCAUUUUGCCACCUUUGGCAAAGGCCUCAUUAAGAAGUGCCGCACCAGCCCUGAUGCCUUCGUGCAGAUUGCCCUGCAGCUGGCCCACUUCCGGGACAAGGGCAAGUUCUGCCUGACCUACGAGGCCUCGAUGACACGAAUGUUUCGGGAUGGCAGGACGGAAACCGUGCGAUCGUGUACCGCUGAGGCCACGGCCUUCGUUCGGGCCAUGAUGGACUCUGGGUACAUGAAGCCAGACCUCCAGGACCUCUUCCGCAAAGCCGCUGAAAAGCAUCAACUCUUGUACCGCCUGGCCAUGACAGGGGCCGGCAUUGACCGGCACCUCUUUUGUCUCUACGUAGUCUCCAAGUACCUGGGCCUUCACUCCCCUUUCCUGGCCCAGGUACUCUCGGAGCCCUGGCGACUCUCCACCAGCCAGAUCGCCCAGUUCCAGAUCCACAUGUUUGACCCAGAGAAGUACCCCAGCCACAUUGCAGCCGGAGGGGGCUUUGGCCCAGUAGCUGAUGAUGGGUACGGGGUUUCUUACAUGAUCGCUGGUGAGAACACCAUCUUCUUCCACAUCUCCAGCAAAUUCUCAAGUUCAGAAACAAAUGCCCAACGCUUUGGAAAUCAUAUCCGCCAAGCCCUCCAGGACAUUGCUGCUCUCUUUGAGGUUUCUGUCCCUAAGAUAGUAGAAAGCUGAGAUUGGAGAAGGCGGCCAGCUGCCCUUCCCUUUGCCCCUGUCUCCAGUGGCAGGAGAGGAGGAGGGGCGGGCCCACGGCCGGCUCCCAGGGAUAGGUGGGCAGCCGGAGCCCAUGAGCACACUUCGGAGAGCAAGACCCCUCCGUCCACCUGGCCAGACACUGUCCCCUGACAAAGAGAGGCACAGGAGGCGGGGGUGGUGGGGGUGGGAACAGAAUUUGUAUUUUUUUCAGUAGAUGUUAAUAAAAAUAAGGCUCUUUGUGGAAUUCUGUCCUAACCAUUAGGUAACAGACUUUGGUUUCUGUAGUGUAUGUGAGCUGAGCACCUUGGGGGUCCAGGCCCCAUCCCAUCCAGCCAGCUAGUGAGAGCGGGGUGGGGCUGAUGGGGCUGAGAUGGAGACUGAGGGGGCUUGUGGCCCAUCCCUGGAUUGGUCCCCAGGAUUGAGUUGUGUGCCAGGGCUACUGGGCUUCCCGCUCUGGUGGGACUCGUGCCCACGGUUACACUUUCAAUAAAAACUCAUGUUUCAGAACA